GAAUUCAUCAUGAUGUGUAAUAAAAAAUCCAUUAGAUGUCCGUAGAUUUGAAGUAGCUUUCAGCACUUACUCCUCAAAGCAAGCAUGCCAGCAGUUCUUUGAAACUUAGAUUCUGUCAGAGCUGGAGCUCUAACAAGAUAUAUUUUAAGUGGAAAAGGCUUGUGGAUGUGUUGGAUGAGAGUGGCAUUCAGAUCUUUAUAUUAUAUCCUUCCAAACUUUAGUUAGGAGCAACAUUCUGGACUUCUUUUCAGAGUGAUGCCCUCAGACAUCCUGCAUAAAUGAACGAUGGUGAAGCUUUUAGACUUUGAGGGGGGGAAUGAGUAAUCAGCACCUGGCUGGUUGGAUUUGCUUCUCAUAUCAGGAGUCUUCUGUAUGUUCUGCUGCUGCAGUCAUCCUUUUGUUUGUUUCAGACGCUGGCUGUUCCAUCUCUUGCUCUGGAGCUUUUGCCAACUGUUGCAAAAGAAAAUAUGCUCUCUCCCCUUCUUUUUUUCUCUCCAAGAUUUAACAUGAUGUAAAAAUGAAGAGAAUGAGCAGCCCCUUGCACCUCCUAGUGAAGCGUUUCCUCACUUUGCAUAAAGACAGGAGAAGCCUGUGUAGCAAAAGUGGAAACACAAUGGAACAGCCAUGUGCUCUUUUUAACACGCAUCAAGUUAAUGUGUAUAUUGUGACCUGAACUUGUCCAAAGAAAACAGGAGUGUGAAACGUGGGUGCCUCAGAUGUGUACUUUAGUAAUUAGUUUUUUUACUGCUUGUCUUCCAAGUAAGUUUGUCAUCCUAGUGAAAAUCAAGAGGAAAAAGUCCUUCUGCUACCAUCUUGGUGUGUUACUUUCUGUGAAGUUCUCUUGCUUUGUUGGUACAGGCUAUUACAUCACACAAGCAGGGUGCACUUUUGUGAUGUCAGUUUAUGCUGCAUGGAUACUGUAACGUGCUAAUGCCACACAGGGCUGUCCAUCCUUAGUGACAUCUAUCCUGAUGACAGGGGGAGCGCCGAGGGAAGGGAGGAAUUACGACUGGUAUUGGGCCCCUGUCCUUAUAAUGGUACCAACCUUUGUUGAGAGGAAAGCCUCAAGCCUUCCCAGUCAGUAACAACUGCAUGCCCAGGUCUUCCUUGCCUCUGCAGACCUUUAGCUUCCAGCUCAGGCUAGCUGAAACUAAUGAGAUAUUUUCACUACCUCAGUGCCAGAAUGACUUGACGCUGAAGCAGCUCAAGUCUGAUUUGGAAUUAUUGACUGGGAUCCCCUUUCAUUUCCAGCGGCUUCACUACUUGGAUGAAAUAGAUCUGCCAGACGAUUCUACGCUUAUGGACAAUGAUUUUGUCCCUGGUGGAACAAUUACAAUGCGCAUCUGGAGGCAAGAUGGCUGGGGGCAUCUCGUGGCAGCUGCUGCCAAAGGAGACACGAUGAAGCUGGCCCAGCUGGGAGUUACAGAAGAGUACGCUGGCACCUCUCCAUAUGCAAAGAUUCUGGGACCGGAGCAGAAAAAGGAGUGGGUAGCACACCGUGCUUUUGUGGCUCUGUUUGUUGCCAGCCACAGAGGUCAUGUUAACACAGUGAAGUUUCUCCUGAGUCAUGGUGCAGAUGUGCACUCUAAAACUCCACUGGGAAGGACUGCGCUGCACGUAGCUGCUAUCAUGGGCCACUGUGAGUGCAUUGAGCUGCUGGUGAGCUGUGGGGCACGAGCCCUCGACCCAGAUUGUGAGGGGCAAACCGCAGUGAGGUUGGCCCAGCUCUGGGGCCAGAAGCAGAGCGAGCAUGCCCUGAUGCACGUCCCACGGCCGCCGGCUGGAGCCAGGCCUUGGUGCAGGGAUGGAGCUGUGCUGCAGGCUCAUGGCCAGCCGGCCUGAUAUACACAGGCUGACCUGGUUCUGGCAGAUCUGAGGACAGUCAGUAACUUUCCCAAUGACACGCACUUUAAAUAGAGGUCACUGAGUACCUUUUGUAGGGUUUUGUUAUGAAAUAAUGUCAUAUUCUGAUGAUGCUGCAGCUAAGGUGACAGCUAGCUCAACCACAUAACCCUUGAGCGUGUGCUUUAUUUGUAAUUUAAGCUUUUUGGUAGUGCUGCUUUAAUUUCUUUGAGUUUAAAGUUGCCUUUUUUUUCUUUUCUUUUUUUAAUCCGUGGAUGUUGAGAUCGGGAGGUGGCAGUGGGGCAGCAGGGGGCGUCCCAGCACUGCACUCAACUGCAGGCAGCAGUGCUGCAUCCUCCCCUGACGGUGGUGCUCCGACUGUCUCCAGAAUAAGGGGAUAAAUAUCCCUGACUUCUUCCUGGGAGCUAAAGCAAGGUUCAAAACCUUAGCCUAUGGAAGCCAGUUACUGUGGGAGAGCAUAUAGCAAACUGUAUAUGUGCUGGCAUUGGUCUGAACAAACACAGAAUUCCUGCUGUAACGAUACCUUUUAGUACUCUUUAAAAAAGGCUCACUCUCUGGUUUCCUGUUGGUUAUUAGUUCUACCUGAUUCAAACAUACAGAUGUUGGGUAAAUGCAAUGACAAGAUCACGUUCUAUCAAAGUGAUCAAUGGAUAAGAUAUAAAACGGUGUUUGAUGUCGUGCUGAGCAGUUGGAUAUUGUAAGCAGGAUUAUGCAGAGAAAUCUUUAGAAAUCCGUUAUUCUUUCUUUGUGUUGUCUGUCUAGACUGUCUGAUCUGUGCUUAGGCUUCUAGAAAGGAGGAGAGGAUUUGUAGUUGCUUUUAGCCAUUAUGCAGCAUAACUUGGGAGAACAUAAGAAUGUCAUACACAGAGAGCUGAGUGUCUUCAGGAUGAGAAUUCCAGAAAUGGUAGAAAAUUAUGUAGUAUACAGUCAUGGAGGGCAGAUAGCAAGUAUUGCUUGCUGGUAGCUGGAAACUCACCCUCAGAAAAGAAAAAAGAAAAAAAAAAAAAGAAAGAAAUCCUAAAUGUGUUGUGGCUGGGAAAUGAGUGUACACUGAUCCAAAAUUUGAUGGGGCAAAUCAGAAGAGAAUUAACAUCUGGACAAGGCCAGCACUGGAACAGUGUGUGCUCGUGUUUUUCUUAGAUGAGAAAGGAGAACCCAAGCUAAAGAGAGAUUAACCAGAGGAAAGGAAGGAGUUUGUCCUCAGGAGAGGAGCAGGAACACGAGGCAUUCUGUGUUGUGGUUGUUACUUCCUCUUCUCUGUGCUACAGUACAGAAAGAGGAUCAGUCUUCAGAAGAAUUUAGUGAGGACUUAUUAAUGAGCUUUGGGAUUCUCAGAUAAAGGAAGAGGCUGACUGUUAUGAAGAAGAAAAGGUAUUAAAAUGCUUUGGGUUUAAUUUGGCCCAGGGCAGGACAAAUGUCUCAACUGUCUCUUAGUAUUAGGAAAUCCAAAGCAACUCUUUUGGAAGGACUGUUGGUGGCCCUGCAUGUGGCAGGAGGGUUGGAGAUUCAUGAUCCUUGGGGUCCCUUCCAACCCUGGCCAUUCUGUGAUUCUGUGACUGUGACUCCCAUGGAUGUAAAAACCAAAGUUAAAUAAAGAUGACAAGCACAGCAAUAAUUCAACACACUUUCUUAGUGUUACAGAUCACCCCUUCCAUUGCCUGGGCAGAGACCAGUACUGUUGCUCAUAGCCAUCACAAUGACUGCUGCUCCCUCAGAGCCUUGAGAAAGCCAGAGCUCAGCAAGCCUGACACUGGCUGCUGCUACUUAGAGGUAGUUGCUGUAACCAGUGACAGCCUUGGAUAUCUAUAGACUGUCACCUUUGAUGAUAACUCCGAAUAAUGAUAUGUUCCCCAAACAUUUCCCCUUCCUCUAGAAACAUUUCUAACUUUAACUGAGUUAUACCUGUUCCAUAUUUGUCUGUAGUGCAGAAUGUCGUGGCAAUCAUGACAUUCAUUUUUCAAAGUGAAUCAAAUGAAUAGAAAUUGUUAAAUGCUGGAGUACAAUACAGCUCAUAAAACCCAACAUCAGGAAAGUUGCACUGAUUGGACUCUUAGAUGCUGUUUUCCUUUUGCUUGGGAAACAGAAUUGUAGUCAGCUUGCAAUCUCCUCAACAUUGUUCAUGGAGGAAGCAGACAAAAAAUACCAAUGGCUGCAAUUUAGUUAAUUUUAUGCUAAACACAAUCAGCAUUCAAACUGGGAGUUACCAAGUGGAAAUGUAUUGAUAGAGAAGCCAAAAUAUUCUCUGUGAGUAGAUGGUGAAAUAUUAAAAUCUCAAAUAGACUCCUGAAAAGCCCGUAACUGUGGGGCGGAGAAGAUGCAAAGGUGAAGUUUGGCCCUGCUGGAGUCAACAGGAGGUCAGUGAGGUCACGAAUUAAUCCUCGACAUGGGAGGUCAUGACUCUGUGUGGUAGGAACCAGUGCAGCACUGGUAUAACAUAAGGCCUUGUAACAACAAAGACAACGAUUAAAAAAAAAAAAAGAGAUAAAAAAAAGGUUGCUGAGGAUCUGUCUGAGUCAGGACUUAUGUAGGAAUGCUUUCUCUGCCAUCAGCUUUCAAAUUUGCAGCAUGCCUUGCAUUGCAACCACCAACUGUGUUCAAAGACAACCAGAAUUUGGUUGUGAACUUUCUGAGGAUCGUGUUGACCAUUAAUGUUUAGAAAGGAUAGCGGUUCACAGAAGGAAGCCAAAACCUAUAUACUUUCUAGCAUGCUUCCAACAUCUAUUAUGCUUCCAGCAUCCCGUUUAGGUUGGUUUGAUGCCUGACCUACACUGCAAUUGAGGUUAGUGCUUUGCUUUUCCUUGCAGUUCUCCAUAUGGUAUUCUGUUUGCAAGAUUUGCUUGACAUAACUGUCUGGUAUGGUUUGUUGGUGUUUUGCUAGGAUUCCUGUGUGUUCAGAAGCUAAUAAAGGAACUGUCAACUCAAAGGCCUGUCUUAAAAUGUGGCCCUACUGGCUUGGGAUAAGAAACGCAGAGAUUCCUCUUCCAAGCCUCUUCUGUGGAAUUCGUGAUGCUAUUUCAAUUCCUUUGGUUUCCAGUAACAAAAAAAAACAAUUGGGGUCAAGCAGAAGUCAAGGUAUAAAAAUUAAUCACUGUGAGCUUCCUUACUUGUAAGCUGGGCCAUAUGUUAAAGGAAUGAGCAGUUCUUAUAUCUCUUGAUGAGUGUUUGUAUGCAUCGUUCAAAUGUACAUGUGUUUGAAUUCCAGCCUGUACUGAUUGAAUUGGUCUAUGAUAAUAAACAGGAUAAAUAAAUCAGAUGAAAGUAAAA